UUGUGUUUCUUGUUUGCGAGUUUGAGUUUGGGCCUUCUUGCUCUGGCUGAUGAUGGGUUUUAUUCUAGCAGUGAGGUGUAUGAAUUGAGUGCAUCUACCUUCAAAGAGGUGAUUUUAGAUACAAAUUAUACCUCGAUUGUGGAGUUCUAUGCUCCAUGGUGUGGCCAUUGCCAGAGAUUGAAAGGAACGUACAAAAAAAUAGCAAGGGGUUUGAAAGAUAUCGUGAACGUUGCAGCUAUUAAUUGUGACUUGAAUAAAAACAAGAAAGUGUGUGCUGAGUAUUUGAUCGAAGGAUUUCCAACAUUGAUGGUCUUUAGACCGCCUAAAUAUGACGUUAAUUCUCCAGUCCAGAUUAAACAUUCUCCUGCAAAUGAAAAAUACUUGGGUGAAAGAAAUUUCAAAUCCAUAAGUGAUUUUCUAUUAACCAGACUCAAAAACUAUGUUAAAAGACUAAGUUUGAAGAAUAUCGAUAAAUGGGUUAAGGAUACUAAAAAUAACAAUAGAAUUCAAGUAGUUUUAGUCACUGAUAAGGAUAAAGCGUCAAAUUUAUUAAAAUCAUUAGCCAUCGAUUAUUUGUCUAUUUUGGAUUUU